AGCAGGGCUUAGAACUGCAAAGCUGGGAGCGCGCAGAGACAGAACUGCGGGUUGGUUUGAAAGCAGUGAAGCUCGUCUGACAGAAGAAACGCAAGAAUUAUCAGGCUUCAGCGUACAGCGGUAGCAACAUACCCGGGAUACACGGCACUGAACAGAAUACAACGAACACAGCGUUUGGAACUGCCAGUAGGAAUACGCUUCUGUGAAAUACUGUGGAAUUCUUGGAGGCACUUAAAUCAAUUAAUGACUGAAUGAAUGAAGGACUGUUUGUUGUCAGUAUUCCAUUUUACAUUAACCUUGGCAUCAUUUAACAAAAGCAAGUGUUGGAUUUGUUUUAUGUGCUACAAGAGCCCGAAAGACGUGGACAAUAAUUUAAUGAAACAGUUGCAAUAGUUUAUGAUUAAAAAUGGAUCUAGGGGGGUGCAAGAUCUCAGUGUGGGUUUGCAGAGAGGAGAAGCUGGUGUCGGGUCUGUCGAGACGCACUACCUGCGCUGAUGUUGUCAAGGUGCUUUUGGAGGACCACAACCUCCAGCAAGGGGCAUCUGCGCGAACGCUAUCAGGGUCCCCACAGUCUUACUGUGUUGUGGAGAAGUGGAGAGGCUUUGAGAGGAUUUUGCCCAAUAAAACGAAGAUCCUGCGACUCUGGAGCGCUUGGGGAGAGGAGCAAGAAAACGUCAGGUUUGUGUUGGUGAAAAAUGAAGCUUCUUUACCCAACAACGGACCCAGGAGCGCAGAGGCAAGAGUCGUUCUCAGCAAAGAGAGCCCAUGUGGUUUUAAAGGAACUGCAAGGGCCACCAUGGCUCUGUCCCAGGAGAAACAACGCCGGAUUGUCCGGAAAGCGUUUAGGAAACUGGAUAAAAUCAACAAGAAAAGACAAGAAGCGUUACCCAAGGAUACAACGACAGGGGAAAAGAUGGAAACUUUAGUGCAUCUGGUUUUAUCGCAGGAUCACACUAUCCGCCAGCAGAUACAGAGGAUUAAAGAACUAGACAGGGAGAUCGACAGGUAUGAAGCUAAAGUUCACUUUGACAGAAUGAAAAGGCAUGGGAUCAACUAUGUGCAAGACACCUACAUGGUUGAUGCCAGCCUGGAGGCUGACUCGAAUGCGGACGGCGAUAAAAACGAGUCGGCGGAGGAUUUUGCACAGUUUGAAGAGUACUCAAGGCGGUGCGAGGAAGUUAUAAAGCUGCAAGAGCAAUUGACAGAUCAGGAAGCAUUGAUGGACACGAUUACUGCGGAGAUCCAGGAAGAGUUAAACCAGAGGUGGAUGAAGCGACGCCAAGAGGAGCUCUCUGCCAAAGACACAGACAGCAACCUGACAGAGACCGAAUCUGCAAUUGCAGUAACUGCAACAGCAUCAGAGCCAAUUGCUUCUGAUAACGAGCUGCUUAUGGAGCACGAAAGGAUAAAAACUCAACUAGACACUAGUCUAUACAUCGGGCUCCGAUUAAAUACGGACUUGGAAACGAUUAAAAGUGAUUUAGAUCUUAGUCAGGAGCUGUGGGAUGCAAAGGCGGAAGAGUUGCGCGUUUUGCUCGAAAAGGUGAAUUUUAUGGAUAUUGAGACGUCGGACAAAACAGAGGAGCAUACUGAGGACAGUUAUGAAAGCAGCCCUGUAAUAAGUGAAACUGAAACGCUACCCCCAUUGGACACAAACAGUGGCUGGGUUGAGCAGGCAAGGGGACUGUCAAAGAACUGCAACACAAACGACGAGGACUCAGACACAGGGUUAAGCUCGAUGCACAGUCAGGAUUCGGAUACUACACCUGUCUGCGAAUCUUUGGUAUAAAGAUUUUCAUUUCUUCAAUGUUUACCCAUUAGCUCGGGGUGCAGUAUAUAAAACACUACACAAAUUACAAAAUACAUCACGUGCAAUGCACUGCUAAGAGGAUGAAUGUCACCAGUAAUUUUUGCAAAAGUGCUACGCCCAGGACCUCUGAUCAUGUUUUGUCACCUGUGCACCCGUUAUAUCAUAUAGAACUGAUAACCUUGCAUCACAGUAGCUGUUUUGUCCUGCAGCCCAAUUGGUAUUUUGCGCUUACAAAAUGUUGCUCUGCAGCGUAAGUCACAUAAAAACUAAAGGCGAUGCUGCAUUGUGAUAGAUUCACGAAACACACUCAAGAGUAAACUUUAUGGCAAAUGUGUAGAACUAAGAAAAACAUUUAAAUGACUGCGUUGUAACCGCAAAUAAAAUACACUUAUGUCGGCGGUGUAGAUAUUAAAGUGACAUAACUUUAGUAAGUUUAUACUGUAGAAAUCAACAAUAAAAAGACAAAUGUUCUUUAA